AUGUCAUUCUCAGGGACGUCAUGCCCACUACCGUUCCUGAGUAGCGAUAACUAUACUUCUGGAGGCGGAUACAUAGAAGGUCGUUUCUGUAGCGACAAGUGCUGUUUGCCCUGUCCAUUGACAGAAUUGGUAUAUUCUGAUGCGUUUCCUACGGACGAAUUAGCAGCCGGCUGGCUUAGUGUUGUCAGUCUAAUCGCCAGUAUAUUCCUGCUGAUGACCUAUGCGAUUCUGCCGCCCGAAAAGAGCCACCGUCACUAUCUCAGUGUAGGCCUCAUUGUAUCCAACGUCCUUCUUCAAUUAGCGAUUAUAGUCCCACUAGGUUCAAAACCUUCUAUGUGCCACGAUGCAAUCACACCGAAUGACAUGUAUUCGAACUUGUCAUGUGCCUUCUCUGGAGCCCUACUUCUCUUUGGAGGCAUGGCGUCAGUCUGCUGGGUCUUGUCGCGCUCGCUAUGGACACAUCUCAGAGUAUGCUGGAACAGAUCGGACACUCAAUUCUUCCUGAUAGCUUCUCAAAUCUUCUGCUGGGGUAUUCCUACAAUUCUUACUGCAGUGUGUAUGAAAUACACCGGUGUCUCAUACCGUCUGGCCAAUGUCUGCCUACCCAACAACAAGCACACGUUCACAACUUACUUUGGCUGGAUGAUCGCUUUCGCCAGCCUGGCGUUCGUCUUGCAGAUAGCGACUAGCUUCUAUUGUCUCUACAUUUAUCUGAUGAACUUGUGGAACAGUAGCUCCUCAUCACCAUCACGCAAUACAGGCACCUCAAGCGAGCUUCCCAUCAGUGCAACCACAAGCACAUGGGACAGACCGUGGAAAGCGACUCGCCAGCAGGCCUGGGCUCGAGUGCGCAGAGUCUUCAUACUACAGUGGCGUAAUAUCCUGUUGUGUAUGGGAGCCACCGCGAUUGUUGCCAUGCUCUCAGGUGUCUUUGUCUCCCUCAAUACAUCUUUGGCAAGAGACAAGGCUCGUGGUUUCAAUGCAAAGGAGAUAGCCGGCUGGGCGGCCUGUCUCGUCAUCACGCUGGAUAAGAAUCAGUGUCUGCCGUUGGCUAAGCAGCUUGGUAUCACAGAAGCCGCAGUUUCAGCGAGUCUGAUCAUUACUGGCUUAACUGGUCUCAACACCUUCGCGCUGCUCAUGCGUUGGAGCACGCUAGUGGCAUGGUACGAACUACUACGUGGUAGUAGGAGUCGCCGCGAUAGUGAGGAUUUCUUGGAUACCGAGCCACGCCGGAUCACCUUUGACCAACCACUGGAAUCAGAGACGAACAAGAACGAUCUCUCACCUGUUGAGAGCCCUGUCGAAAGCCCCGUCUCCGCUUUCUUCCCGGGAAGAGGCCCAGAAACAGAUAAUCGUGACUCUCUUGGCGGUGGUUCUAUCCAGCAUCGACUAAAUUCAGAUGCUUCAGUGCGUCCAGGCAGAACAUCUGUGUUCAUUGAGCAUCCAUUUGACGAUGAGAAACAAGAAGUUAUAGAGCCUGGCAGAGCUUUGUGA